CGUUAAGUAAAAGACACAGUACAAACGCUGUUGCGAAAUCUAAACUAUUAAAAUAUUGCGAAAAGACAAAUAAUGAGAAAGCAAGUGACAUUCGUGGAGGAAAACUGCAACGGGGAACAUCUAAUUCAACACGAAAACAGUCGCUACUUAGCAACGAGGUCUGCAGGUCCUUGUCCACAAAGGGGCAAAUAUGUAGGUUCGGACAGUCUGUCGAGUGGUCAUGAUACCAGUGUGAGAGGCCAGAGAAGAUCCCAUUUCAAGGCCCCUCCACAGCAGAUGUCGGAAGCCCAUCAGAUUAAAACUAUUAAUAUUCCAAAAUCCUUAAUGGCUGCCCCAUUUUUACAGCAUCCUAGCCUGACAUAUGGGCAAAAGCGUUACCUGUACAGCAUUGCCAAUGUCUACAGCACAGAACAUAUGCAGAAACUGAUGAAAAGACACUACCUUAAUGUGUUACACCGGUGUAUCAGAGCAGGUCCAAAUGGAUUGAGAGAAAACAGAACUCCACAGUUAAAAAAGAAGUGCACAUUUGAAUCGGGCAAUAAGACAAAUUCCCGAUCUCUUGACAGUAGCAAGCCAAAUCGAACCAGACAUGCAGCUGCAGGACAAUCUGGGAAGAUCAUCCUACCCAGCAUUAGCAACAGUCAGAAGAGCUGCAAAACGGUGGGAAGACCCUCCAGGGAAGCAGGAAAAGACUGGAGAAGAGUUUCUGAGUGAAAAUAUGAGAUCUCUCUCAAUAGAGCAGGAAGAAAUACACUCAGAGACCUAAUCAGACACAUUCUAAAACAAAGACUCCUUAUUUCAAGACUG